AUGCCUCCAAUACCUGCUCAACGCCCGACUCUACUAGAUGAGAAUCGGUCUUUGUCCGACCAAGAUGUCGGACUUCUUUAUCAGAUCAUCAGCCGCGCCGAGCAAAACCCCGAUGUAGAAUUUCUACCUUUCAGAGCGCUAUUUGCGGCUUACGAUGAAGUUCUCGCCGAGCAUGGCGCGGACGCCGAUCCGGAACAAACAUGCAUGCGCUUCUUGUUUAAAAUGGGCGCGAAGGGCUUUGGCGGCCAGCCUAUCUUUGACCGAUUCGAAGAUCUCUUGCAGCAAAGGGGUAUCGUGCUUUCUUUCGACGACGACAAGCCUAGUAAAAGUCAAGCCCACGGGCAGAAUCCAACAUUAACAGGCCCAAUCUACGACGAGCAAAACACAGAGGGAAUCGCCGAGGACACGACUCAAAGAUCAAUUCGAAGAAGGGCUUCUUUCAACUCUAUCUAUGAUGCUGGCGAAGAUACAGCUCAGAGGCACACAAAUCGACCGAGCUCACGAUCGUCAAUGUCGCGCUUGGAAGUUGGAAAGUCAAAUUUCCCCGAACUUGACAACCUGGGAUACGAAGACGAACCGCAUGCCGUCGGCCUGGCAAGAUCGUCUGACAAACAUGAACUGCUGGCCCGAUUCUUGGAGAUGGGCCGUCGGCUAAUGGGCGGAUUGGACCCAUUGAGAGAGACUACCGAACUUCCUCACAACCACACACCCCGGCCACAUCCAAAUCACCAGAAAAGUUCAUCUUCGCUGAGCUCACAUCCUCGAAGUCGCUCAGAAAGCUCCUCUUCAAGCAGGGAUUCUUCUCUUGAUUUGGAUGCAGGCGUAAAUGUUGAAGAUAUGAAUAUAGUUGAAGAUGAAAUUGGACCCAAGCCUAGUCUGUCUGACCUUCUGCGCGAUUCAUCAACAUUCGCUAUGUAUCGCAAAAGAGCGGUAGCGAGAAAAGCUCUUCUUCAGUGGUUGGAAAAAGCCGUUGGUGCUCAGAAAACCCAUCGGGAUAUGGAGACCUUGGCCUUGAACAAAGACCGAGUGACUCUGAUUCGCCAAGCCUUUGAGCUCUGGCGAGCAGAACUCCAGAAGAAGCGUCAGGUUACUCAAACUGAGCGGUUCUUUCGGCACUUGGAGAGACGGGCGGCCAAAGCCAGGGACUUAUACCUGAUGACAAAGGCUUUCACCCAUUGGGCACAGCUGACUUCGGAUGAGGUCUCUAAGACAUCAGAUGCUCGUGAACAUAUCCUGCGUCUCAAGUACUUCAAUGCUUGGCGGGAGAUAACGGCCGUGAACGAGCUCAAGGCUCAACGGUUCGCCUCUGGGAAGCCGCUGCAUUUCUGGAAAAAGAAGAUGAAGCAGAUCAAAGAUAGCGAAGAAGCCGCCGAUAUUGUACAUGCUACCAACAUAAAACGGAAAUAUAUGAAAACUCUACAUUGGACACUUUAUUUUGAACAACGGGCACCUGAAUGGAAUGAUUAUCGUCUAACAAAGUCAUCCCUUCUUUCUUGGAUUCGGGCUUGCAGAACGCAGAGAGAGCGCGAAACCGAGAUAGAUCAUGUUAACCGACAUGAGCUUCUUCAAUCUGUCUUUCAAACAUGGUCACAACGAUUGCGGGUAGUGAUGACUGCUCAACACGAAGCAGACACGUCAUAUAACAAAGGAAUACUCAAAAACGACAUUGAAAUAUGGCAUGCUCAUACUCGAGUACAGUCAGCAGCGACUCGAGUCGCUUCUAGAGUGGACAAGCGGUUGAUGAAAUCUGUUCUUGGCCAAUGGAGAUUGCGUACUAGCCACACCCAUCAAGCUGAUGAUUUUAACAACAAAAGACUCAUACAUAACGCAUGGACGACUUGGAAUGACCGCUUGCGCUGCUAUGCACUGAAUGCGCGGAUUGAAGAGCGUUUGAAAAUAGAGACAAUUUAUAAAUGGGUUCUUGCAGAAAGAUGUCGCCUUGCCGAGCGAAUUCGAAACCAGCGCAUCCAGCGGGAGAUAUUUACGGACUUCAUACUCACUGCGCGGAACAUGUCAAGAGAAUUGAUACAGCGCGAAGAAGAAUAUGUACAGCAACGGAACCGCGAUUCUCUUCGGUCUCACCUGCGGCGUUGGAAAGAUAAACUUGAAAUUCAAUAUAGGAGAGAGAUUGCAGCUACGGAGUUCUAUAUACCUCGAAUUGAACAAGAAGCACUUGUCAUCUGGAAGUCCAGGCGCAGCCACACACAGAAAAUCGAAAAAUGGGCAAUUGAAGCGCGUUUCUAUUUUACUGCUAAAAAGGCUCUUAAGCAGUGGCAAAGUGCCACUGUGGAAGCAUCAAAGAGACGCCGCCAGGAAGCGUAUAUGAAAGUUCGACGAAAAAUCAAGAUGAAUCUAGCUUCCAGUGUCUUGGGUGUUUGGUAUGAGAAAUCGCAACAUGCGGUAGACCUAAAUCGCCAAGCCGAGCAAAUCAACCAAGAAAAGCUUCAACAACAAUCCGCCGAACUGGUGCAACGAUGGCAGCAACAAACUUUGAAGGUGACGCAGGAUGUGCAAGACGCUGAUGUAUACUAUCAUCGACAACUUGCUUACCACAUGCUUACUCGCUGGAUUGAUGGACAUGAGAGAAUCCAGGGCAUGGAGGAACAAGCUGACGGGCUAGACUCAGUAUACGUCUCCGGACUAGCCUCUGCACAGCUGCGCAAACUGAGUCUUCGUUUAUUCCAAGUUCAAAGCACUUUCGAGACAGCAGAUGCCAUGCACGAUCGAAUUUUGAGAAAACAUCACAGAAACAUGUUCCGGCAUUGGAACCAUAGAAGCAACUAUCAGCGUGAAGCUCGCGAUGCGUCGGCGCCGGCGAUCGCUGAACCUACAGAUCAAGAGCCUGCCACCCCAGCCACGACAGUUGGCUCCACGAUCCCCCCCGAAUCAGAACAUACCUUAAAUUUCAGCGAUCUCUUGUCCAUACCAGAACAUCAAUUGACCUCGACAACCCCUAUUGCUACGCCCGGAUACUUGGCCUCUCCUUCAAGGCGAGCCGCGCGGGCGCGGAUGCUCGCUCAAAUGUCUACAACUCCUGCCACCCCGAUCUUUACACCUUUCGCUACUCGUCUCCGAGCGGCCAUGGACAGUGAUAAAGGUAGCUCCAGUAGCAAGUUCCAGGGCCGCAGCUCCGUUGGAACUAUGGUCCGUUUUGCUAUCGAAGAGCCCGAGUCUCCAAGCGAAGGCCGAAGGUCUACAAGAAGGGAGUGA